CCAUUUUGUUGUGUUCGGACUGCUACAUCCGGCAAGUAAUCCAGGUCGGGUUAAAACGGCAUAGCCGAUGGUAGUCUGGCCAAUGUAAGACGACGCGUUGCAGCAAGGCAAGCAUACUGUGCCACGUUUUGCAAUUUUCACCGCGUGGCAUCUAUGAUACGAAGAGCGGUCCAAAUACCAGCAAUCCAGCCACGUGUCUUCCGUUGCAGCUCCUUCUCUAUGUCCCUCCGCUCUCCCGCCAUUCUCUCUCUCCCUCUCGUCUCUCUCACCUAAUCGAACUUUCUGUUCAAUCUGUCUCUCGAACGCUGUCUGCAUUUUCAUGAGAAUCAUAUUGAUCCUUCUCUGGAGAAAUUGGCUCAGUUUCGUGUUAGAUUAAGUGAAUUAUUUCGCGAUGGCUGAAAAUUUAGAUUUGAUGAGGAAAACACCACCUGGGAUUUUGCUUUUAAGAAGCAUAAGAGGAAGAGGUUGGAGCCUGAACACCUAUAGAUAUGUGAUUCUGUUGAUUACUUUCAUCGCGUAUGCUUGUUAUCAUGCAUCCAGAAAACCCAGUAGCAUAGUCAAGAGUGUUUUGGAUCCUGAACCCAAUAAAUCCUCUGGUGAAUACCCGUGGCCAAUAGGGAACAUCUUUAUCAAAGAGGAAUUCCUGGGUGUGAACAAGGCUGGGGUGGAAGAUAAGGGUUGGUAUCCAUUUAAUGGACCAGAUGGGACAUCGAAAUUAGGUGAGAUUGAUGUUGCUUUUCUUGCUUGUUAUUCUUUGGGUAUGUAUGUUGCUGGGCAUUUGGGUGAUACCUUGGAUUUGAGGUUGUUUUUGACAUCCGGGAUGAUUGGUAGUGGCAUUUUCGUGGGGCUAUUUGGGAUGGGAUACUUUUGGAAUAUUCAUGUUUUUGGGUUUUAUUUGAUUAUGCAAAUGCUCGCUGGGUUGUUUCAAGCCACUGGUUGGCCUUCUGUUGUGGCUGUGAUUGGUAAUUGGUUCGGAAAGAGGAAGAGGGGAUUGAUAAUGGGUGUUUGGAAUGCACAUACUUCUGUUGGGAAUAUUUGUGGGUCUCUUCUUGCUGCUAGUGUUUUGGAUUAUGGCUGGGGAUGGUCUUUUAUAGUUCCAGGUGCGUCUAUUGUAGUGGGAGGGAUAUUAGUUUUCUUGUUCUUGGCUGCAUAUCCAGAAGAUGUUGGAUUUCCUUGCGCAAAUUGCCCGAGAGAAAAGGUAGAGGCUGUGUCUAGUGAUAUGGAGGCUCAGGCAAACAAAGGAAGUACAGUGCAAUCAGAGAAUAAUAACAUGGUCCGAUCUGGUUCUGCGUUUAAGAAAAGUGUGGGGCUUAUUGAAGCUUGUUUUAUACCUGGAGUGAUACCAUUUGCAUUGUGCUUAUUUUUCUCGAAGCUUGUGGCUUACACAUUUUUGUACUGGCUACCAUUUUAUCUGAGCCAGACAGAAAUUGGUGGAGAGUAUGUAUCUGUGAAGUCUGCUGGAAACCUGUCUACUCUUUUUGAUGUUGGGGGCAUUGUUGGGGGGAUCCUUGCUGGUUACAUAUCUGAUAAACUUAGAGCUAGGGCUAUUACAGCAACCAGUUUUAUGUAUGCUGCAAUUCCUUCCAUUUUCUUGUACCGUGCAUAUGGUAGUGUCUCAAAGACUAUGAACAUUGUGCUUAUGAUGAUUGCUGGCUUAUUUGUAAAUGGGCCAUAUGCACUCAUCACAACUGCAGUUUCUGCUGACUUGGGCACACACAGUUCUCUGAGAGGGGAUUCUCGAGCAUUGGCAACCGUGACUGCCAUUAUUGAUGGCACUGGAUCAAUUGGUGCAGCUCUUGGUCCUCUUUUCACUGGUUUCCUUUCUACAAUGGGAUGGGAUGCAGUUUUUAUGAUGCUGAUGGUUUGUGCUCUUAUUGCGGGGCUUCUUUUAUCACGUCAGGUCAUAGCUGAAGUUACUGAGAAAACUAGUAAACUGAGGCCUUCAUCUAGUGAACGUCAAAGUCAUGAAGCACCUGCAUCCCAGCCACUUUUAAGUGACCAAAGGUGAAAAUCAGGUAAGGCCUCAGGAAAAUGACAAUCGAGAACAAAGUUGAAAAAUAGGCUAAUUAACAUACCUAAAAUAAUAGUCUGAAAUAUCAAACAGGAAAGAAUAUCCUCUGUAAAAUUUUGAUGGCUGUUGCCAUAUUUUGUAAUAUCUAUUUAGUCAAUCUUCUGUAAUAUACAUGUACUGAAGUUUUUAAUGUUUGUAAUAUCUAUACAUGGUUUCUGUUUUUGCUGA